AUGUUGAGUAUUGUCGAUAAAUUGCCUCCAAUUUAAAAAGAUCAUAUGAAGAGAAUUUAAACUGAAAUAUAAUAAGAAGAAGAAUUGUUAAUUUAAGUAGCAUCAAAAACACUUCCUGGUCAAAAUCAUAAAAAGAAAUAGAAAAUCAAUUAAGAUUGUCUUGCAAUAAAAAAAAAUAUGUGUAAUCAAAAUGAUUGGCAUUUCUUUGGUAUCUUUGAUGGACAUGGGCAAAGUGGGCAUUUAGUAUCAUAAUUUGUUUCAAGACAUAUGAUUAAAGUAAUAGAAAAUUAGCUAGUUCAAAAUAAUGCCAAUAAUCCUAAUUAUUUUUCUUAAUCAUUGUAAAUUGCUUUUUAACAAGUAGAAAACGAUUUAGUAGAUAAAACAAAUAUUGCAUGCAAUUUUAGUGGUUCUACUGGAGUAGUUAUUUUGUUGAUCGGAUCAAGAAUUUAUUGUGCAAAUAUUGGAGAUUCAAGGGCUGUCUUUUUUUAUAAAUCUCAAGAUCUAUGGUACAAUAGACCAUUAUCAUAUGAUCAUAAACCUAAUAAGACUUUUGAAUAUAAAAGAAUAAUGAAAUUUGGAGGCAGAGUUGAAUAAAGUUUGAUUGAUGGAAAAAGAUUAGGGCCUUAUAGGGUUUGGCUAGCUAAUGAAGAUGUACCUGGGUUGGCAAUGUCAAGAUCAUUUGGUGAUAUGGCAGCCAAAUCAGUGGGAGUUAUUGCUGAUCCUGAAAUUUUAAGAUAUAAAAUAUAAAAUAACGGAUUUAUUUUAUUAGCAAGUGACGGACUUUGGGAUAAAAUGGAUUUUGAGAGUGUCUAAAAGAUAAUAGAUCAACUAGAUCCUCCUUUUACCCAAUUAGAUAUAGAUUUGGGAGUCUAAAAAAUAUUAGGGGAAACCUACUAAAAAUGGGAUCAAAAUGAUGGUAGUAGAGACGACAUUACUUUGAUAUUGGUACAUGUCUAAAUUUGA